AUGCAUAAUCCAAGAAGUGAACUUUCUGACACAGUUGACUACAGAAAUGGAAGUUAUGGAGAUUUGGGGACUUCUGGUUUUGGUAGAAAUGAUAGGAAUUUGAAUAACCAGGGAGUUCAAUUUAGACCUAAUCAAGGCAUGGAAGAAGAAGAUCCUGGUGUUUGUUCUCCACCUCUAUGGAAAAAUAUUCCCAGCCCACCAAAAAGUCUUUCACCUUCACACCCUCUUCUUCACCACCAGAAUUAUAGGGCUUUUUCUCCAAAUUCAAGAACACAAGCCAUUGCUAGAGGGCAGUGGGAACUUAUGGAAAUGGUCAAGAAUAUGCCUGAAUCUUCUUAUGAACUCUCCUUGAAAGAUCUUGUUGAACAUCAUAGAAUAGAAACUCAAGAUGAAGAAGAAAGGUCGAAUAAAAAGAGAAAUCAUGGGAUUCAGGGCUUACAUCAGAGGGCAAAGAAAAAUGAAACGAUGAUUAGAAAAGGGAGCUUUGAUAACAGGGGAUUGUUUCUGAAAAUGGGUUUUCCGAUUUCUUUGAAAUCGAAGAAGAAAAAUAAUGUUGUUAACAAUGUUUCGCCUAAGCCAGAGAGAUCCACUGACAAGGAUUGGUGGAUGAAACGGUUUGCCGGUUCAAGUGACAGUGACAGCAGCAGAAGUAGAACCGGCAGCAGUGGCAGCGGAAGCACUGGCAGCACCGGCAGCGGCAGCAGUGGACGCAGCAACAGCAGCAGUUACUCAUCAGGGAGAUUUGAUUGA